GAAACUGUAGUUUUCCCGUAUAGUUUUUCAGCAUUUUUGUUUUUAAAAACUCAGCUCAAUUCAUGUUAUUUAAUUUAGAGGCAACUAUGCCUUUUUGAAAGGGAAGUAAAAAGGGAAAAAAGGUUAAUUAUUUACUGGUAAUGAAGUCGCUGGUUUUUCUUUUUACCUGUUGCCCAACAUUUCUACUACUUUCCUGGCACGUUGCUAAAACGCCUUCGUCGAGGGGCUUUAGGCCUACGUUGCAUUGCAACUGUCCCUUUUCAAAACCAAGUGCAAGCGAGAGAUGAAUUUUGGCCUAUGCAUGCGUCAUUUGGAGGACAACAGCCUGUAACAGGACGACUGUGCCACUUCUUUUCUCUAUCCUUGAAGAUUAGGCCCUAACAUUUUUAUUCUUUUUCAACGAGUAUCUCAUGUUAUAAAGUGUUCUUUUUGCUGUGUUGUAGUGGAGUGCCAUACUGAUACUAUCAGCAAGCUAUUGUCACAAAUUACUGUACUCUUGGAGUGUGCUCGUCGCCAAAAGACAAGGUCAACACUUUUCUCUCCAUUUAACAAAAGCAUAAAUUAUUUACAUGAAAAAUAGAGUUUUCAGGUGUUGAAAAAAAAGAAACUCUCAACAUGAAGCUCUAUCAGAAAGUAUUGUUAGGCUCGGCGGGUACAGCCAGUGCUGGUCUGGUGGCCUGGAAGUCCAUGUUUCCCUGGAUCGAGCACGACCUCAAGAUCAUUAAUGUCGGCCGGAAGCUCAUGAAGAUACGAGAGGAGUCCAUGUCCUCGCUGCUCAUUGACAAGUUUGAGAAGCAUGUGGCCACUCAGCCCCGUAAAGUUUUCAUCGAAUUCGAGGACAACUUGUAUACCUUUGAGUUCAUAGACCAAAUGGCCUGCAAAGUGGCUAACAUUGCUAGGGCCCGGGGGUUGGGCCCAAGAGAUUGCGUGGCUAUCAUGAUUCAGAAUGAGCCUGCAUUUGUGUGGACUUUCCUUGGACUUCAAAAACUGGGUGUAUCCACGGCCUUCAUCAAUUUUAACUUGAAAAUGCAGCCACUGAUUCACUCUGUCAAGGCUGCUGAUCCAAAGAUGCUUAUUGUUGGUUCAGGGGAAUCCCUACUUGAAUCAGUCACGGAAAUUCUGGAUGAUUUAGCAGGCAUCAAAGUUUUCGCACAGGGGCUGGGCUCAAUGCCUGCUCCACCUGGAGUGGAGUCUUUUGACCCACUCUUUCUGGCAGCUCUGCCCACUCCUGUAUCCCCCAUUGUGCGCAGUAGUAUCACCAUGGAGGAUAUCUGCUGCUAUAUCUAUACUUCUGGAACUACAGGAAAUCCCAAACCUGUCUUUAUAAAUCAUGCCAAAGCCCAAGGAAUAGGGACUGCACUGAGGUUGGUGAAUUUGAAUGGUUCAGACAAGCUGUACACGGUGUUGCCCCUCUACCACAGUGCGGGCGGUGGCAUCGGCUUUUUCGGAGCUGUCAUACCAGGUGCCACAAUGGUUUUGAAGAAAAAGUUCUCAGCAAGCCAAUUUUGGUCUGACGUACGAAAGCAUGAAGUCACUGUGAUCCAGUACAUUGGAGAAUUGUUUCGCUACUUGAUAGCACAACCACCAAACAAAUUGGAUGCAGUUCAUAAAGUGAGAGCAGCAUUUGGAAAUGGCUUGAGGAAAGACAUUUGGCUUGAGGUCAACAAACGCUUCCAAAUACCGGAGAUUGCAGAGUUCUUUGGUGCUACUGAGGGUACAACAUUACUGUUAAAUCUAGCAAAUAAACCUGGAGCCAUCGGCCGCUUGUCUCCAUUUUUGAGUAUGCUUGACCCAGACCCCAAAGCCCUUGUGAAGUUUGACUAUGGCACUGCACUUCCUAUCAGAGACAAGAAUGGCCGCUGCAUUAAAGUUGGUAUUGGUGAACCUGGGCUCUUCAUUUCAAAAGUGCCAGACAUAUUGGUCCAGAAUGGUCGGUUUGAUGUUUACCGCAGUUCAAAGGAGGCGAAUGAUAAGAAACUUGUGCGUGGCGCUUUCAAGGACGGAGAUAUUUACUUCAAUUAUGGUGAUGUCUUCGUCUUGGAUAAGGAAUACUUCCUGUACUUUCAAGACCGAAUUGGAGACACAUUCAGGUGGAAAGGGGAAAAUGUUUCUACAACUGAAGUUGCCAAUGUUGUCACCGGUGCCAGCUUUCUGGAAGAUGCAAAUGUUUAUGGAGUUAGUGUUCCAGGCCAUGAUGGGCGUGCGGGUAUGGCAGCCCUUACCCUAAAGAACGGCUGCUCUUUAGGAAGGCAAGAGUUGAAGGAGCUGUACGACCAUGUGUGUGGACAGCUUCCGACAUAUGCCCGUCCUCUUUUCCUGCGUCACCUGGGAGAAGCAAUCAUUACCGGGACAUUCAAACAAAAGAAAGGCGACCUGGUAGGUGAAGGCUAUGAUCACAACAAAGUGAGUGACCCGCUAUUUUUCUUGGAUGCCCAAAAAGAGACCUACAGUCCUCUUUCGCCAAGCGACCUCGGCAAAUUCCUGCAGUCCAGACUGUGAUGAUUGGAUCACUUCUAAACGGUCCCUUUAUUUGCUCAGAUGUCUGUCAUUUGUAUAGUGAAUUUGAGCUGAAGUUAUGGCGGUGUUAUUUUUUUUUUGCUUGCGAUUGUUAACAUGAAAAUUGAAGAGUUCUGGUUUGUUUGUUGUUUUGUUUUUUUGUCAAAAAGUCUAAGAUAAGUUUUGUCCGUCAAAUGAGAUGUGACUGAGGUAAAGAUUUUGUUUUUUAACAUUCAUUGACAGUUAACAUCAGUUUCUGUAACUUUUAACUUGUAACUUGAGGAUAUUAGUAACAGGAAAUCAGGAAUGAGAACAAUGUUUUCAUUAGGAUGUUUUCUUGUUUAUUUGAUGUACAAACUAAAAGUUCCUGUAAACAUAACGAUUAACCUUAAUAUGUUUGAUAGUAAAGUAAUAGGGUUUCUCAAAUGAGGUAUUGAACGCGGGACCAAAGAAAACUGCUGCUAAAAGCUGACAUCUAUAUAUUUAUAGUGUAUGUGUGUAUAUAAUUGUAUACAAUAGUUUUGUCAGGAAGAAAAAGUAUUCAUGGUUGUCUGCUGGUUACAUGUUGAACCUGUUUUCAUAUGAGAAGUUGCCAUUAGA